AUGCAAACCGCCUCCUCCCUUUGUCGCCCCUACUGCACAUCACGAUACCUUUCGCGGCCGAUUGCGCACCGAACGCCCGCGUCGGUCUAUUUGAGCAGCUGCUUCCCUCCUGCCUCCGAGACGACGACCAGACAACGACGAGCCCUUGGCACCACGACUGCGAGCCGCCGACACCCCCCGCCGCUCACGUUCCCACCGUCCAUGAUGAACAGAAAGCGGGCAGCGCCGACGUCGACUUUGGCGGCACCGUCCGCAGCUUCGCCGGCCGCCUCCAAGAAGAGAAAGACGGACAACGUGCAAAAAUUUUACGCCGUGCAGGUCGGCUUCCGACCCGGCGUCUACACAACUUACGCCGAGUGCGCACAACAGACGGCCGGGUUCAAAGGAGCACUGUUUCGAUCAUUCAUUUCAAGGUCCGACGCAGAAGCAUUCGCGGCUGGCAAGAAGGUCGCGACCCCGUCAGAAGGGCCGGCCAAGUUUUACGCAGUUGCGGUGGGCAACCCCACAGGCAUUUUCAACGAGUGGGACGACGCGGCGGAAGCCAUCAAGGGCGUCAAGGGACCAAAGUACAAGCGAUUCAACAGCCGUGCCGAAGCAGUCGACUACAUCCGAGAACAUGGCAGCAUGGAAGCCGUCAUGGCGCUCGGCGAACGACCGAUGGCCACGACGGCCAGCGGGACGACGAUCGACAUACCGACGCAGGUGAAGAAGCCCACCAAGACGACGCGGGUGCCGCCACCGCUCGCGUUCCCGCAGGUACAGGAGGAUCUGAUCCGGGUGUACACGGACGGCAGCAGCCUGGCCAACGGCAAGGCCGGCGCGCGGGCGGGCGUGGGCGUCUUCUUCGCGGUGGGGGACGCGCGCAACAUCUCGGAGCGGCUCGAGGGCGAGCCGCAGACGAACCAGCGGGCGGAGCUGAUGGCGAUGCUGCGUGCGCUGCAGGUGUGCCCGGUGGCCAAGACGGUCAAGAUUGUGAGCGACAGCCAGUACUCGAUCAACUGCGUGACGCAGUGGGCGGCGAGCUGGAAGAAGAAGGGCUGGCUGACGGCGACGGGCGAGCCUGUCAAGAACCAGGACAUCAUCCGCGCGGUGCUGGCCAAGAUGGAGGAGCGCGGCAAGGCGGGCGGCGCGACGCAGUUUGAGUGGGUAAAGGGCCACGCCGCCGAUCGGGGGAAUCAGGCGGCGGAUGCCCUGGCCGUACGGGGUGCGAAGAUGUAA